GGGCGGUGGCGGCGGCGGGCGCGGCGCGAUGUGCGAGCGGGCGGCGCGCCUGUGCAGGGCCGGCGCGCACAGGCUGCUCCGGGAGCCGCCGCCGCAGGGCAGGGCGCUGGGCGGGCUGCUGCGCUGGGUGGGCGCCAGGAUGGGCGAGCCCCGGGCGCCGCUGGCCCCCGCAGUCCCCGCAGCGGACCCCGGCCCCAGCCCGGGCCCCGCCUCGCCGCGCGGGGGCACCGCGGUAAUCCUGGACAUAUUCCGCCGUGCGGACAAAAAUGAUGACGGGAAGUUAUCCUUGGAGGAGUUCCAGCUCUUCUUUGCAGAUGGCGUCCUCAACGAGAAAGAACUAGAGAGUCUCUUCCACACCAUCGACUCGGACAAUACCAACCAUGUGGACACCAAGGAGCUGUGUGAUUACUUUGUGAACCACAUGGGGGACUACGAGGACGUCCUGGCCUCCCUGGAGACCUUGAAUCACUCUGUCCUGAAGGCCAUGGGCUACACCAAGAAGGUGUAUGAGGGUGGGAGCAACGUGGACCAGUUUGUGACACGCUUCCUCCUGAAGGAGACGGCCAAUCAGAUCCAGUCCCUGCUGAGCUCGGUGGAGAGUGCGGUGGAGGCCAUCGAAGAGCAGACCAGCCAGAUCCGACAGAACCACAGCGUGGUGGAGACCUGGUCUGGGAGCUCCACUCCCGUCUACGCCCACAACCACAAGCUCACGGCCGUGGAGCAAGGGAAGAGCUUCCCGCUUGUCACCUCGGACUCCAGGGAGGAGGGCCUGGAAGCCCAGAUCAGCAGGUUGGCGGGGCUGAUAGGACGGCUGGAGAGCAAGACCCUUUGGUUUGACUUCCAGCAGCAUCUCUCGGAUGAAGAAAGCACCAACAUGCAUCGCUGCCGUGAGGCUGGCGGACGGCGUCACCUUCGUGGUCUACGAGUUCUGGGAGACAGAGGAGGAGUGGAAGAUGCACCUGCAGAGCCCCGUGUGCAAGGCGUUCCGGCACGUCAAGGUGGACACGCUGAGCCAGCCCGAGGCCCUCUCCCGGAUCUCCGUGCCAGCUGCCUGGUGCACCCUGGGCCGCGACUGAGCCCCUGCCGCCCUGCUCCCUCUGAUGAAGGACGUGCACUCUUUUCUAGAAACUGUGGUAUACGAGCUGUCUUUUCAGUAGAAGAAGGUCUUUUCCCGCUGGUUGAAGUGAAGGCGAACCCCCGCCGUGGCACUCCCCCGCCCCGCUUGUUGACAGAGCAGCAUCGAGCUGCUGGGCCUGCUGCAGCCCGAGGGCGGCAGUGAGUGAGGGGGGAGGGGCCCCGCCCCCAGCGCAUGGCCACACAGGACCAGCCCCCACGUCCUCGGCCGGGCUCGCCCCUCACCCUUCUCUCCCCUCCUGGUUGCCACUCCUGCUCCUGCGAGGAGCUGGGACCCUGUAGUGCCCCUCAGGCCCGGGCCGAGCCCGCAGGCGGCAGUAGACCCCAUGUAGCCAGUGCCCUGCUAGGCAAACAGCCGCCCGGGACAGGCACCAAAUAAACUAGCGUUGGGGACGGCUGCGUGUUUGUUUCCCGUUUUCUAGUUGAUGACAGCGGGCGACAGCGGGCGAGUGAAGCUGUCAGGAUGCUCGGGGCCCCUUAUUAGCCCUGAAACCUGAACCAAGUCGCCUCAGCUGUCUUAUCUGUCAAGUGGAAGUGAUGCCGCUGAGGUAUGUAUCUUGACAGACAAGUCACGCCUGUUGCGAGGUGCGGGGGGGGUCCCCACGACCACCCUCGGCUCGGUAAUUCACUAGAAGGACUCUUAGAACGCAGCCAAGCCAUUCUACUCGUGGUUAACGGAUUAUGGCAGCAAAAGCAUACAUACAGACUGAACUCAGCACGGCAGAGGGUCCCGGAGGGACCAAGCUUAGGGUGUCCCUUCCCAGUGACACGUGCAGACAGCACCUGGUUCUCCCAGGGCUGCCCUGUGACAUUCAUUACGCAUAGGGAACUGCCAACCAGGGAAGCACCUUCAGAGUUUGCACUGCUGACCUUAGCCUCCAGCCGCUGUGGAGGUCAGGCUGACCCCAAGUGGCCCCAGGUAAACAAAGAUACACGUGUCAGGACUUUCCAAGGUCCUAGAGGUUCAUCACCUCCUAAGAGCCGAGCGCAAAAGCCAGACCUCCCUGGACACAGUCGAUCCUUGACUGCACACCCUGUUCCAACAAGCCAGAAGACCCGAG